UUCCCGAAGACAAAGCAUCCUGCUCAUCAGAGACUGGACGAGAGUGGUCCUUGCUCCGGGCAGUUAAAGAUGGUGUUGUCAUGGAAACAGUUGGUCCUGCUGUCCCUCAUUGGCUGCCUAGGAGGCGAGGGGCCCUUCCACGGCCCCGUGUUCGUCCGAGAGCCCAGCAGCAGCACGGUGCCCGUGGGGUCCGAGGACAAGGGGGUCACUCUGAGCUGCGAAGCAAGGGGCAGCCCCGCCCCUCGCUACAGGUGGCAGCUGAACGGGAGCGACAUCGACCCGCGAGAGCACUCUCGGUACCGACUGCGCGGAGGGAGCCUCGUGCUGGUCAGCCCCCGCCGGGGCCGGGACGCCGGCAGCUACCAGUGCUUCGCGACGAACUCGCUGGGCACCGUGGUCAGCAGAGAAGCCAGACUCCAGUUCGCCUAUCUGGAAAAUUUUAAGACCCAGAUGAGAAGCACUGUGUCCGUGCGUGAAGGUCAGGGCGUCGUCCUGCUCUGCGGCCCUCCGCCACACUCCGGAGAGCUCUCCUACGCCUGGGUCUUCAACGCCUACCCGGCCUUCGUGCAGGAGGACGGCCGCAGGUUCGUCUCCCAGGAGACGGGCCACCUGUACAUCGCCAAGGUGGAGCCGUCCGACGUGGGCAACUACACCUGCGUGGCGACCAGCACGGUGGCCGCCGGCCGGGUGCUGGGCGCCCCCACGCCGCUGACGCUGCGCGCAGACGGCGUGAUGGGUGAGUACGAACCGAAAAUCGAAGUGCAGUUUCCGGAAACCCUCCCGUCCGCCAAGGGCUCGACCGUGAGGCUGGAGUGCUUCGCCCUGGGCAACCCCGUGCCCCAGAUCACGUGGAGAAGAAGCGACGGGCAGCCUCUCCCCGGCAAAGUGAAGCCCCAGAAGUUCAACGGCGUGCUGGAGAUCCCCAGCUUCCAGCAGGAGGACGCGGGCUCCUACGAGUGCGUCGCCGAGAACGCCCGGGGGCGGAACGUGGCCAGAGGGCGCCUCACGUACUACGCGAAGCCCCACUGGGUGCAGCUCAUCCAGGAUGCGGAGGCUGCCGUGCAGGAUGCCCUGCGCUGGGAGUGCCGGGCCAGCGGGAAGCCCAGGCCCUCCUACCGCUGGCUCAAGAACGGGGAGGCCCUGGUGCUGGAGGAGAGGAUUCAGAUAGAAAACGGCGCCCUCACCAUAGCGAACCUCACCGUGGCGGAUUCUGGAAUGUUCCAGUGCAUAGCGGAGAACAAGCACGGGCUCAUCUACUCCAGCGCCGAGCUCAAGGUCGUGGCCGCCGCCCCCGACUUCUCCAGCGCACCCAUGCGGAAGCUGGCCCAGGCGCAGGUGGGCAGCGAGGUGGCCCUGGACUGCCGGCCCCGCGCCUCGCCCCGGGCCCGGUCCUCCUGGAAGAGAGGCGAGGUGGCCCUGCGGGACAAUGGAAGAAUUUCUCUUUUGAAAGACGGAGGCCUCAGGAUAGCCAACGUGACCAAGGCAGACGCGGGGACCUACACCUGCUUCGCGGAAAACCGGUUCGGGAGAGCCAACGACUCCACGCGGCUGGUGGUCACAGAGCCCACGCGGAUCACGGUGGCGCCGCCCGACAUGGACGUGGCCGUGGGCGAGAGCGUGCUCCUGCCCUGCCAGGCGCGGCACGACCCGCUGCUGCGUGCCGCCUUCACCUGGUACUUCAACGGGGCCCUGGCGGACGUCGGCGGGGCCGGGUCCCACCUGGAGAAGGUCGGCGGGAGCUCGUCGGGCGACGUGUUGAUCAGGAACGUGCAGCUGCAGCACGGCGGGCAGUACGUCUGCGUGGUGCAGAGCGGCGUGGACAGCGUGUCAUCGGCCGCCGACCUCGUGGUCAGAGGUCCCCCCGGGCCCCCCAAGAGCGUGAAGGUGGAGGAAAUCACGGACACCACCGCCCAGCUGUCCUGGAGAGAAGCCGCCGACAACCACAGCCCCGUCACGUCCUACUCCGUCCAGGCCAGGACGCCGUUCUCCGUGGGCUGGCAAGCCGCCACAACAGUGCCCGGGCUCCUCGACGGGAACACACGCUCGGCCACCGCGGUCGAGCUGAGCCCCUGGGUGGAGUACGAGUUCCGGGUCGUGGCCAGCAACAGGCUCGGAGGCGGAGAGCCCAGUUUACCCUCAGAAAAAGUAAGAACCGAAGAGGCAGCUCCAGAGGUGCCCCCUUCCGAGGUCAGCGGUGGAGGCGGGAGCCGGUCCGAGCUGGUGAUAACCUGGGACCCGGUGCCGGAAGAGCUGCAGAACGGGGAAGGCUUCGGGUACGUCGUCGCCUUCCGCCCGCUGGGAGCCUCCAGCUGGAUCCAGACGGUGGUCCCGUCCGCGGACACGCCCAGAUACGUCUUCCGGAACGAGAGCAUCGUGCCCUUCUCCCUGUACGAGGUCCGCGUGGGCGUGUUCAACGACAAGGGGGAGGGGCCCUUCAGCCCCGUGACGACCGUGUUCUCCGCGGAGGAAGAGCCCGCAGCUGCGCCGCCGCGGGUCUCGGCGGAGAGUCUGUCCGCCUCGGAGAUCGAGGUGUCCUGGGGCGCCGUGCCGUGGAGGCUGAGCAGCGGCCACCUGCUGGGCUACGAGGUGCGCUACUGGAGCAGCGGAGAGGAGGGCCUGCCGCGCAGGGUGACGGUGGCGGCCGGCAAGACUUCGGCCCGGCUCCGCGGCCUGCGGAGCCACCGCGCCUACCACGCCGCCGUCCGGGCCUACAACAGCGCGGGUGCCGGGCCCUUCAGCGCCACGGUCAACGCCACCACCAAGAAGAUGCCCCCCAGCCAGCCGCCCGGCAACGUGGUCUGGAACGCCACCGACACGAAGGUGCUGCUGCGCUGGGAGCGGGUGCGCGCGGCCGAGAACGAGUCGGAGGUGACCGGGUACAAGGUUUUCUACAGGACGAGCGGCCAGGACGGCGUGCGGGUGCUGAGCACCACGGGGACCUCGGCCGAGCUGCGGCUGCCCGUGGAGGAGGGGGGCUACAUCAUCCACGUCCGCGCGACCACGGCCGGAGGGGAUGGCGCCAGCAGCGAGCCCGUCAGGGUCCCGCGGAUAACCAACUCGGAUGCGAGGGGGUCCUCGCCAGCCCCGCCGAAGGCCCGCCCCGCGGCCAGCUGCCUGCCGCUGGCCCUGUGCUUCGCCGUUGGCGCCCUGUGGUGA